CGCGCUUGCGUACACCGUUUGUUGAUGGCCGCGCUAGCUUUUUAACGCCGAAUAACUCGGUCAAUUUCAUCAAGCUUCGAACUAACUGGCUGCUUUUUAAGCUAGUUUGCUGUUCACAGACCUUUACGAAAUUCCUUAUUCCAUCAUGCUACAGUUUCUGGCUGGCUUCACCUUGGGGAACGUUGUGGGGAUGUACCUCGCUCAAAACUACGAGAUUCCCAACAUAGCCAAGAAGUUUGAAGCUUUUAAGAAAGACGUGGAGGCCAAGAAGAAGCCCCCGGAGUGAACAAAUCGGGACCAAGCAAGACCAGACUUCCUCUGCGAGAAACUAUUUAUUUUACAGGAUCAUAAUAUGUGUGCAUAUUUGAUAAAAGAAUUGAUUGUGUAAAAUAUGUGCAAAAAUAUAAACAGUGCCUGGAACAGCAUUUGUUUCUUCGCUUAGUUUUAUAGGCAUAUUCUUAUUGUAGCCUAUUUUUUUACAAGAUAAAUUGUGCAAAAAACGGGAUUUAAAGAAUAUUACAACGAACUGGCCAGACUCAUGGCACUGGUUACUGGCCUUUUCUAAGAUGCACUGUGGUGUUUUAACUUGCACAUGCCAUUUGUUUUCUCCACACUAGAUGUGUAUAGUGUUCUCUGAAGUGAAAACAUUAAUACAGCUUGCUGUUAUGUUGUAUUCCAAAGUUUUCCUCUACAAGCUUCUAGCUUGUCAACAACUGCCAAACUUUUUAGCACUUCACUACAAAUACAAUUUUGAGUCAUUUAGCUGACAAUAAAGUUGCGGGACAUGAA